AUCUUUUUCUUACAUUUUUUUUUUCUUUUUUCUUUCUUUUUUAAUAUCUGCAUGAAUCAUGGUGUCUCAUUUUUUAUUAUUUUGUUUCUUAUUUUUAAAAUCUAACCUAAAUUAGUUUUUUUAUUUAUUUUUUUUUAAAAAAUGAUAAUUUGGUAAAUCUAGAUUGAAGUUUGUUAAACUUUUAGUACCCUUUAUUCAAUUUUAAUCAAAGUAUUUUUAGUUUUUUAUUAUUGUUUUUAUCUUUUUCAAAAUUUUAAAGUUCACUGUAAAUUUUAAAAAUCUAUUUACAUGAUAUACUUUCUUUCAAUCCAAGCUAUUAUUAUAUUUUAGUUAGUUUUAGAAAAGAAAUAAUUUUAAGAGAGUAAAUGCAUGUUUGGAUGUUUUUAGGAAAAAAAGUGUUUCUAAAAACUUAUUUUUUAUUUAAAUUCUUUUGAUAAGAAAAUAUAUAUUAUAUGUUAGACAUUUUCAAUUUAGUUAUACACUGAUAAAUGAAUAGAUCUAUAUCAUUAAAAAAAAAAAAAAAAGAAAUAAACUUUUUCUACAUUUGUGAUUCAAACAGUCCGUAAAUGUGAAAAGAAUGUGAGUGUAUAUAUAUAUAUAUAUAUAGGCAUAAUUCUGAUCGAGAAAGUCAAGCGAGGAGAAUCCCCACACUGUGCUUCUUCUUCUUCUUUUUCUUCUUUUUCUUCUAGUUGUUAUUGGAGUUGAUAAUGGCGGCCUCAUUUGCUGCUCCGGCUCAGGGCUUGGUUCAUCGUCAAAAUCUCACGCUCUCAUUUUCCAAUUCCAACUUCAAACCCACUCAACUUCAGUUUCAGGGCUCACUUUCUUCUAAAUCUCAACCCCUCUCCUUCUCUUCUCGACUCAACCUUCUUAACCAUGCCUCUUCCCCCAACAAUCACCGUUCCUCUUUUGCUCACACCGCCGCCGUUCGCCACAUCGUUGGCUCUCUUGCCAAAGCUGGUGGCCUUCGCUUUGCUGUGGUUGUGGGGCGGUUCAAUGAAAUUGUGACAAGGCCAAUGCUCGAGGGAGCCUUGUCUACUUUCAAAAGCUAUUCAGUUCAAGACGAGGACGUUGAUGUUGUCUGGGUCCCAGGGAGCUUUGAUAUUCCUGUGGUUGCUCAAAAGCUUGGGCAAUCUGGGAAGUACCAUGCUGUCUUGUGCAUUGGAGCUGUGAUUAGAGGUGAUACAUCCCACUAUGAUGCCGUUGUAAACUCUUCUGCAUCUGGAGUACUUUCUGCCGGUUUAAAUUCAGGAGUCCCAUGCGUAUUUAGCGUCUUGACUUGUGACACCCUAGAACAGGGUUUCGAUCGAGCUGGCGGUAAAGUUGGAAAUAAGGGAUCUGAGGGUGCUUUGACAGCUAUGGAGCUGGCGUCUAUGUUUGAGUACGAUCUGAAGUAGUGGAGAAAUAAGAUCUAACAAUUUCCAUUAUCCUUAGUGUUGCGGUUUCUUGCUUUUUCCCUGUUGUCUUUAGUAAUGGUAGAAUGCUUCAUCAAAAUGCAAAAAGAAAAAAAAAAAAAAAAAGAAAGAAAGAAAGAAAAGCCACAUGAUGUCUCAAACUGAAGUCGGCUGAAACUGGUCUAGAGGAAGGAGAAGGUUCCAUGAUUUCAAUUUUCAAAGUUUCUUUUCUCAGCUUUGCCUUUUAACCGUUUAUGUUAGAAUAAAGAUGUGAGGAAUUUUAUUUGUGAUGCACAAUGAACAGAGUUUAUAUUAUUUAAGAGGCCAUGAUGAUAAUCAUUAAUAAGUUCAACUCGGGUUACUUUGAUA